GCGCGACGCCGGAAGUGUUGUGGGCGGGCGCCAUGGCGGAGUCGGAGGCGAAGGGCGUCUCCGGGGCUCCGCUGCCGGAUCUGCGUCGGGAGGGGAACGCGCUCUUCCAGGCGGGGCGCUACGAGGAGGCCCUGGCCGCCUACUCCCGCGCCCUCCUCCGGGCCCCGAAGGGCGGCGAAGAGCGCGCCCUCCUCCUCCGCAACCGCGCCGCCUGCCACCUGAAGCUGGAGGACUACGUCCGGGCAGAAGAGGACGCCUCCGAAGCCCUCAGGGCCGACGGGCGCGACCUCAAGAGCCUCUUCCGCCGCAGCCAGGCCCUCCAGAAGCUGGGCCGCCUCGACCAGGCUGCCUCCGACCUCCAGCGCUGCCUGGCCCUGGAGCCCAGGAACAAGGCCUUCCAGGAGGCUCUGCGCAGCCUUGGCAGCAGUGUCCAGGAGAAGAUGAGGACCAUGUCUUGCACCGACGCCAAAGUGGAAGAGAUGUUCAAGCUGUUGCUUGACAGCGAAGAGAAAGAUCUGGACAAGAAGCAAAAGGCAGCUCAGAAUCUGAUUGUUUUGGCUCGCGAGGAGCCUGGGGCUGAGAAGAUUUUCCAGAGCGAUGGCGUGCGCCUGUUGCUGCAACUCUUGGACACGGGCCGGAUGGACAUGGUGCUGGCGGCCCUCCGGACCCUCACUGGCCUUUGCCACGGGCAUCGUUCCCGGACUGUGGCCAUCCUGUCUGAGCUGGGGCCUCAGCGCCUCUUUGCCGUCCUGGAGAUGGAGGCUGAGCAGGUCUCGCUGGCUGCCUACAACCUGCUGCAGGUCGUGUUUGAUGCAUUGAAGGAGGGGCUGCAGAAGGAGCGUCUUGGCAAGAAGGACAACGCCUUGGUGCCAGAUACAAGCAAAGAAGUGAAAUUGCUGCUCCAGCAACUUCUGGAGGCACUGACCCGGGAUAGUAUCUCUGCCUAUGGCCGGGACAGCAUCCUCAACCUGCUGAUCAACAAGGUACCCCGGAAAUCACUGCAGGACCCCAACAACUGCCUGACCCUCUGGGUCAUUGACCAGGGACUCAAAGAAAUCCUGGAGGUUGGGGGCACGGUCAGUCACAGUCCUGGGAGCCUGCCUGUGACAGAGAACACCCACAUGAGUGCCGCUGUCCUUCUGAGCAAGCUCUAUGGAGAUCUGAAGUGUGAUGGGGAGCGGGAGAACUUCCAUCGGCUCUGCGAGGAUUAUGUCAGAGGCUGGUUCCAAGACCCUGGGGUGCCAGGGAAGCUCCGGGCCAUCCAGACUGUGUCCUGCCUCCUGCAAGGCCCGGCUGAGGCUGGGAAUCGGGUGCUGGAGCUGAGUGGCAUUAUGGAGGGCAUCCUGGCCUUGUGUGCUUCCUCACAAGAGGCCGACCAGUUAGUGGCUGUGGAGGCCCUGAUCUAUGCAGCAGACAAGGCCAAGCGCGCCACCUUCAUUACUGCCAAUGGGGUUACGCUCCUGAAGGAAAUCUACAAGCACAGCCAACGUGACAGCAUCCGGAUUCGCGCCUUGGUGGGCCUCUGCAAGCUGGGAUCGGCGGGAGGCUCGGACUUCAGCAUGAAGCAGUUUGCUGAGGGCUCAACCCUGAAGCUGGCCCACCAGUGCCGCAAGUGGCUGUGCAAUGAGACCAUGGAUGUUGGCACACGGCACUGGGCAGCAGAAGGUCUGGCCUUCCUCAGCUUGGAUGCUGACGUCAAGGAAGAGCUUCUGGAGGACAAGGCAGCACUGCAGGCUCUCUUCCAGCUGACCAGGUCAGAAAACCAGAGCUCCCUGUUUGCUGUGGCCUCCACACUGGUGAACUGUACCAACAGCUACGACCAUGAGGAGCCGGACCCCCAAAUGGUGGAGCUGGCAAAGUAUGCUAAGCAGCACAUCCCUGAGAAGCACCCAAAGGACAAGCCAGAGUUUGUGCGCCGGCGUGUGAAAAAGCUGCUGAGUGCUGGCGUGGUGUCAGCACUCACUUGCAUGGUGAAGAAGGAGAGCCCAGCCUUGAGCCCAGCCUGCCGGGAGCUGAUCUCCAGGGUUUUCCUGGCUGUUGUGGAAGAUCCAGAGGAUAGAGGUGCCAUAGUAGCGGCUGGAGGGGGCAAGGCUCUUAUCCCCUUGGCCCUGGAGGGCACCGAAGCUGGGCAGACCAAGGCGGCCCAGGCUUUGGCCAAGAUCACCAUCACCACUGCCCCAGAUAUGGCCUUCCCAGGCGAACGGGUGUAUGAGGUGGUCAGGCCCCUGGUGAGCCUCUUGCACCUGAACCGCACUGGCCUGCAGAAUUUUGAAGGUCUGAUGGCACUCACCAACCUGGCUGGGACCAGUGAACGGCUCAGGCAGAAGAUUGCAAAGGAGAAGGCCAUGCCCAUGAUUGAGGGCUUCAUGUUUGAGGAGCAUGAGAUGAUACGCCUGGCAGCUACUGAGUGCAUGUGCAACUUGGCCCUGAGCCCAGAGGUGGCUGAACUGUUCCUGGCUGAAGGCAGCGACCGGCUUAAGCUGCUGGUUCUCUACAGUGGAGAGGAGGAGGAUCGGCUCCGGCAGGCUGCUUCGGGGACACUGGCUGUCUUAACGUCGCUGCUACCCCAGAUCUGCACCCGCAUUCCUCUAGUGACAAAAGCUUGGCUGGAGAUCCUGCAGGCCCUCCUGCUCAGCCCCAACACCUCCCUCCAGCAUCGUGGCGUAGUGGUAGUGAGGAACAUGGUGGCAGCUGACAAGGAGCUGGCGGCAAAGCUGAUGGAGACGGAGACGCUGGAGAUCCUGUCUGUCCUCGCUGGUGUGAAGGAGAAGCCCCAGGUGGCUGAGGUGGCCAAGGAGUGCCUGGCACAGGCUGUGGGCUAUGGCUUGAUCAAGCCAGGAGUGGAUACUGGGGAAUGAGAGCCUGCCUGCUUCCAGUCUUGCUUGGGCAUGUGGUGGCAGUGCUGCUGCUCUUGGGCGGCACUGGGACGGGGGGGAGGUCAUUGGGGCUUUUUGCACACUUGGCAGCUGGGAACAUGGGUGGGCCGGUAGGGGACCACCCCCAGCAUUGUAUUCUGCCAGGGACCACUGUUUUCUGUUCACACGAGGCUUGUGUGGUGGGUGCUGCGUGCGGCAGCCCCAGGGCGGCACUCUUUGGGCGCACCGAGGCGGGGAAGGGUCUGGGAGGGCCCCUGUGCCGCUGGCACGGCCCUUUGCUGCUGCUGCGGCAGCGCAUGGCAGCCUUCUCCCCCUUCAUGCCCGCACUCUGUGGCCUUUCUGCCCCCUUUCUGCCUCAUUUCCUGCUCCUUGCAUUCCAUGGUAAAAACCCUGCUGUUCUGGCGGAUCAGGCCUCCAGGAUGGUGCUGGUUUACAUAGGAAUAAAUAGUCUGAGUGCGAAAGGUGUCUAGGGAAGAAUAAUCAUCCUCAUAAUCAUAAGGGUGUUUGGAAAAGGGAUGUAGCUCAUGGUUUUCCUGUGACGCUGGGAGGGAGGCGGGGGCUGCAGAAACCAAGUGCAAAACUGUUCCGGAGUCGAGUGCUGUCUUCUUUGCCCAGAAGACAGACAAGGGCGCUUGGCGUUGGGCGAAGGCGCUCCAGAUGCAAAGCACACUCUCUCUCACAGGCGAAGGCACUACGCAACGCAAAGGACAUUUAGGCCUUGGUCAGCUUUGUGUGGAACUCGGGGCCCCGGUCCCCCAAAACGCUGUCCUUGGGCACAAAUAAAGAGGCGCUCUCCUUUC